AUGGAUAGCAUGAGUGAGGCAUUUGAUCAAAUGCAAAUGGUCAAGGAUGUUCUGGCCAACAGUGAUAAAGUUUCAGAGGUCCUACAAGAGUCUACUCAUCAGUUCAACCUGCUUACUUCACCCACCUUCCUACCAAAGGUCAAGGAUCAAGGGAAAUUCACUCUCCCUUGCACACUUGGGCAUCUUGAGAUUGACAAUGCCUUAGUGGAUUCUGGAGCAAGCAUCAAUCUGAUCUCUCUCUCCAUGGCAGAGAAGCUAGGCAUGCUGGAGCCUUGCAGCGCCCUACUACUUCAAUCAUGUUUGGAGAUGCAACUUCUAAGUCUCCUCUUGGAGUGUUCAAGAACUAUCACUUGA